UCUCAUUGUCAUUCGGCAGAAUAUAAUUAAUAUAUUCCUGCAUCUUUCUGAUCAAGCCAUAUUCAUAGUAUCCCACGAAAACCAUGGCAGAACACCACCAGCACCUCUUCCACCACAAUAAAGAUGAAGAAAAUCCAGAAAAACCUGUUGAUUACAGGAAGGACGAGAAGCACAAAAAGCAUCUCGAGGAAACAGGUGGGCUUGGUGCUGUUGCAACCGGAACUUAUGCCUUGCAUGAGAAGCGUGAGGCAAAGAAAGACCCAGAGGGCGCCCACAAGCACAAGGUGGAGGAGGAGAUUGCAGCAGCAGCUGCAGUAGGGGCCGGUGGGUAUGCUUUCCAUGAGAGUCAUAAGAAGAAAGAUGCAAAGAAACUAGAUGAAGAGGCACAUGGAAAGAAGAACCACCAUCUCUUUUAAGUGUCUUUCUAUUUCUCAUCAUGUUAUGUUACUGAUCACCAGCACUAAACGACUACCCUAAAUAAAUAUUAUUACGUGUGAGUUUUUGUAUGCAUUGGUUGACUAUAUAUAUAGGUGCUAUCUGGUGUGAUGACGAUGAUGAUGUUCACAAAUAAUAUUGUAAGCUUCUUUGAAGUUUGGAGUA